UUAUUUUUCUGCUUUUGUCAGCCAAGUUUUGCUGUAAGAUUAGCUUCUCCCAAUUAAGCUUUAAGCUUUAAGCAUAAACAUAAAACUUUAGUUGUGCUUCUUUAUUGGAUUUGCAUUUACAAUUUGGAAUCAGAGCAGUGCUGGUCUUUUCUAGGGUUUGGUGGCUAUGCCCAAAGCUGACUUGAGUUCACUGUGAAGAGAAUGAUUCUCACGAAGCAGUUUCGCUGCAUACACUCAGCUAGCUGUCAAUGCACAAAAGGACAUUUAAGUGAAAAUGUCUUAUUUUUAGUGUUUCAACAUUUGAAUUGGAAUCCCAAGCUAAUUGCUGCUCUGUCAAGUGUGUGCAAAUGGUUUGAUGAUUUUGCCAAACGAGUUCUAUGGAAAGAGUUUUGUCGAACGAGAGCUCCAAAGAUGAUGCUUGAUCUGCAAUCUAGUGGAAGUCACAGUGUUGAUGGGAACUGGAGAGCCCUAGGGAAGCUGCUAUUAUACUGUUCAGGAUGCAAGAAAGGUGGCUUGUUCAAUAGCAUUCAUAUCCCUGGUCAUUUUGUGUAUCAGACUCGAUUUUCUGGAACAUCCGGAAAGAGCUUUCUUUUGCCGAAAUGUAGAACUGAUGUUUUAUAUGUGUCUGAUCCUUGCGAGCAUCUUGACCAGGGCGAGGAAGGAGAUAUAGGAUUUUUCCGUGGAGUUUUUAAGUCGUUUGCGACUUCGAAGGUCAGGAAGAUGUUGAUUAAGAAAGGUGCCAAGCUCCAUCCAAGAGAAGUUUGCCCUUACUGUAAGGCAAAGUUGUGGAGCAUGCUGCAAGCUAAGAUGAUCCCUCAAAGUGCGAGUUGCAGGUUGGGUUCCUAUGAAGAUUGUGUCGAGUAUUAUGUAUGCCUGAACGGUCACAUGCUCGGAAUCUGUACCCUGUUACCGUUAUCCGAUUCAGAAGAAGCAACUGAGUUGGAGUGAUACCUGAAUGAUUUGCUGGUAUCUUCUUGUUCUGUAAAAUUGUUAUUUUGCUCUACUAUUCAUGUUUCCUGUUUGAGUCGUACUAGUUGAAUAUGUAAUUGUUCAACCAAGCUCCCAACUAGAACUAGGUUCCCAAAAGAUCCCCCCCAAAAAAAGGAUAUACCUAAAAAGUCAGCUUCCUCCUCCUUCUUUCCCCUCAAUAAUCUGCAUUCUUCUUUCUCCCUC